AGGCGCUGGAGCUCAUCUCUACUGCAGCCAAUCACUCCAAUGCUGCAAUCAGGAAAAUGGAGAAGAUGCACAAGCUCCUGGAGGUUUACGAGCGGCUCGGUGGAGAGGAGGACAUAGUUAACCCCGCCAAUGAGCUUAUUAAAGAAGGGCUUAUCAAGAAAAUGUCAGCCAAAAAUGGAACAGCACAAGACCGUUACCUCUACUUGUUCAACAAUAUGGUGCUAUACUGCGUGCCUAAACUCAGACUGAUGGGGCAGAAGUUCAGUGUCAGAGAGAGGAUUGACAUCGCUGGCAUGGAGGUGCAGGAGAACGUGAAGCAGAACCUUCCUCACACGUUUGCCAUCAUCGGUAAACAGCGUUCACUCGAGCUGCAGGCCAGGACAGCAGAGGAGAAAGAAGACUGGAUUCAGGUGAUCAAGGCCACUAUUGAACGACACAAACAAAACAGCGAAACGUUCAACAAAGCGUUCAACAGCUCCUUCUCCCGUGAAGAUGACCACGUGCCGGAGUCACCGGGUCCCUGGUUUAACACUUCAAUUGACUCGGAUGGUGAAAGACUACACGAAAGGAAGAGUUCCAGGAAGAAGGACAAGGAGAAACAAACAUGCAAAGGCUGCAAUGAAAGCUUCAAUUUCACCAAGCGCAAGCAUCACUGCAAGUCCUGCGGAGCGGCCAUCUGUGCCAAGUGUUCGAGGACCUUGGACAAUAAGACGAGCAUUCGAGUGUGCCCCGAGUGUUAUGAAGCCAGCCUCAGCCUGGAGAGUCUGUGUGGUGGCGAACAGAAGAGGAAACCUGCAGCUGCUGAGCUUAAGGAGGGUCAGCUGUGUGCUGACAUGACAGUCUGGCAGCUUCAGGUGUCUUAA